GGGAGCCGGGCGGGCCAAGAUGGCGGACGGGGUGCUGAGCCCCGGGGUGAACCUGGAGGCCUUCUCCCAAGCCAUCGCCGCCAUCCAGGCUCUGCGUUCCAGCGUGACGCGGGUCUUCGACUGCCUGAAGGAUGGGAUGCGGAACAAAGAGACCUUGGAAGGCCGAGAGAAGGGCUUCGUGGCCGCCUUCCAGGAGAGCCUGCACUCCGUCAGCCGGGACUUGGGUGAGCUGGAGCGUCUGAGCAAUCUGGUUGGUAAACCAUCUGAGAACCAUCCCUUGCACAACAGCGGGCUGCUGAGCCUGGAUCCUGUUCAGGACAAAACGCCUCUUUACAGCCAACUUCUUCAAGCCUACAAAUGGUCAAAUAAGCUGCAGUACCAUGCUGGGCUAGCAUCUGGCCUUUUGAAUCAGCAGUCUUUGAAACGCUCGGCCAACCAGAUGGGAGUAUCUGCGAAACGCCGACCGAAAGCCCAGCCAACAACUCUCGUCUUACCUCCUCAGUACGUCGAUGACGUGAUCAAUCGCAUUGACAGGAUGUUUCCUGAGAUGUCUAUCCAACUCUCCCGGCCCAAUGGGACCUCUGCAAUGCUGCUGGUUACCUUAGGAAAAGUGUUAAAAGUGAUAGUGGUGAUGCGGAGCCUCUUCAUUGACCGGACGAUAGUAAAAGGAUACAAUGAAAACGUCUAUACUGACGAUGGCAAGCUUGACAUAUGGUCCAAAUCCAACUAUCAGGUGUUUCAGAAGGCAGGAUACCUGGGUGUGUAUCAUUUGAUGGGGGACAGCUCCCAGAGGGCCCAUUACUGUUAAAGCGUCCGGUCAUAUUGUGAGUUCCCCAGAGCCUUCUGCUGUCUGGUCCUGGGGUGAGUAAGCUUUGCGGCUAUUGAAUCCACCAGGAGGGUUAGGUUCAGAGAAUGGAGCUGGAAAAUGGGAGGAUGAAAGGGCAGAAGCUCAAGGAGCACUGAAAAGGUUUGCAGCCUUCCAUAUUAGUCUGACAUUUAAACUCGGCAGGAGUGGCAACUGUUCUGAUCUCAAACCUCCUCAUUUUAACACCUCCUGUGUCUUUGUCUGCUAGCACAAGAGUAGGAACAAAACGGGAAAUCAGGAACUAUUCUGGUGCUUAAAUCUUAGGAAGAAGCAUGUACAAUUCCAGAUCAUUGAGAAUUAAACAGGUAUAUAUACACACAUAGAUUGUGGAGAAUGGUGUAAUAUUUGUAACUUUGCAUUCAGAAAAAGAGAUGUGUAGUGCAGCAGAACUGAUCUGAAUGGAUCAGAACUGUGCUAUGGGGAGACGGUGUUGGAUGUUAACUGUUUCAUUUGCCAGCUGCUCGGUGAGCUGCUAUGUGAUGCGCUCAUCUGGGCUGGUUGAGUCACACGUAGGCUGUAAGCUCGUUUAUUUCUGUCUGAUCCCAAUCUCUUAUUUACACCUACAUGGUCUCCAUUUCAGCAUGCCACAAAGCGCUCUCCUUUUUGGUUUGAUCACUUCUCCCAAGUCACAUUUUAAUCUAGACUUUGAGAAGCUAUUGGUGCCUGUCCAGCUGCUGCGAGGUGCGUGAUCCCCCAGUGGAACUCAGAGCACAAUCUUCUCCACUCCAAGGGCAUAUAAGUAUUGUAAUGUAUGAAGAUGUAUUCUUGUCAAUAAUCUCGGAAUAAAAUCACGUGUAAAAUGAAUGCAUGCAUGAGACAGCUAUCGGGCUAUUGAUGCUGUCUGCUCAAGGAGAGGGGAUGGACUGUUCCAGGUCACCUGCAUCAUUGCUCCUCUGCACGAUCAGCGUGUGGCUGUCUUUGGGGACCUGCUUAGGUGGAAUAAAACCUGUGACCCACUCCGAAUGAGCAGAACAAGCAAAAUAAACACGUAAAUGCUGAGCUUUGAAAACGACGAAGAAAUCCUGUGCUCCACAGAUGUAUGGCAGCGUUUUACUGAGCAGGGCGUGGGGAAAGGAGUGUGAAGGAUUUCCAUGGCAUUAUCAGCUCUUGUUUGCCAAGGUGCCAUCUAUCAUCCUCCCCGAGCCACCUGCUGAUUCCCUCCAGGGAGACUCCAGUGCGUACCUGCAGUGCAGAUUGAGUAAUGGGAAUCCUUGGAAAUGAGCAGAGGCACUUGUGCAGUUUUCCAUGGUAGAAGAGGUCUAACCACUAAUAACACUGUAACUUCUUUUUUUCUUUCCGUGCUCUGAUUAUCCUUUAGAACUCAUUGCCAUAGGCUGCUGUUAAGGCCGUGAACUUAGAGGGGUUUACAAAAAAAAAAUUAAAAAACUUUCUGGGGAUUUGGAGAAUCCCUUUAUAUUAGAUUAGUUUUCAGUGCUGCACUCAUGGGAAUAAACCAAUAAGUAAGUUGCAAGGAAAGUUAUGACUCUUAAGGGAAGUUUUUUACCUAUUCUUGAAGAGCACGUCCAAUAGCAAUGAGAAAAUAUUAGAGUAGAGAGACAGCUUCUAUGAUUCAGUCAAGAGAAAUGUUUUUACUUUUCUGUUUUGUGUUUGUGCCAGAUACAGCUUCAUGCCUGUAUGGAACCUCAUCUGUGGAGGAGAGCUGUGCCUCAGGUCCCUGGUUGUGCGCUUCAUACAGCCAUUAGAGGAAGCACUUGUUCAGCAUGCCCAGCCUUUGAGCUGUGGGAUUCUUUUUUGAAUGAAUUUUCAGCACUGUAUGUAUGACUAAUGGUGUUACUGGGGGCCAGCAGGGCCGUUUUGCAGAAUCUCAGCGAAGCAGUGCUGUUGGGUGGCUGGAGCAGUGCUGUAGCAGUGCUGUAGCAGUGCUGUAGCAAUGCCUGGUGUUGGCUCAGAAGAGACAAAUCCCAGGGGCUGUGCUUGCUGCUCCCAGCUUAGCACUGCGCUCAGGACCUUUUAUGCACGUGAGGAGAAGCACGCAGUGUUUGGGGACAUCUGGCAUCACUGCCUCCCCACACACAGCUCGGAGCCCCUGGCAGCAGCAGGGACACAUUGCCCCACUGCCCUGCUGGGGCCGGGCUGCUGUGCAGGGGGGCUGAGGAUGCAAGGUUUAAUUUGCACAGCAAAGUAGUGAACAUUAGGUCUGACCCAGGAUCGGUCCGUUUCAUAUUCCCCGUGCAUCUGGGGCUCGAGGAGCAGAGAUGCAUUUCAGCAGUACACAUUUCUAACCAGCUUGGAAACAAAAAAAUGAGAAAAAAAAUCUCUCAGGCAAUACAAUUAACUGUUAAGAAGGAGAGUUCUCUUAUUCACAUUGAAAACAAGACUGGACCUCAGCAAAGCAGAAUUCCAUGCAGCCCAGGACAGCUUAGGGUUGUUUAAAAGGAGAAGCCUGAGGCCAUCUCUUUGCUAGAUUUUUUUUUCUCGUCCCUGAAGUGUUUUUUCCUCUGUCUCAGAGUGGGAACAGCUUAGUUAAACAAUAGCUGGUCUAUUUAGCAAAAUUGUGGCUUCAGGAGAUUGCUUUUCUUUUUUCUUUUUUUUUUUUUUCCUUUGGCAAAGACGCCAGAUGCUUUUCAAUGUAUGAAUUGUGAGAUAUUGAGCUCUUCUCCAAGAUCACUUGAAAAUCUAUUUCAGGGUUCAGAGCAACAGCUAUCCUAAUCAAUGUGUGCUGUUGUGAGCAUGUUCCUGUAUAAAAAGAGGCAGAGAAAUUAGAAAGUGACAGAUAACCAAGAUAGUGGGGGAGAUGUAGCAAUGAAAGUGAAGUUAAUAAAGGAGAAGUCCUGAAAUGCACAAAAUGUCAUCCUGCAGCUGAAAUAAAUUCAUUUGUGAUUCCAGCUUGGCUGGAACAAGAAGCGCGUCCCUUGGAUGCUCUGGCACCUAUUCAGUUUGUUUUGCUUUGCUUUGCUGCGGCGUGAAAUCACACUGCCAUUAGUAAAAGCUCACCAUUGAUUUUUGAUUUAUUUUUAUUAUUAAAAACAGAAAUCUGGGGCAAUUUAUGUUUUCUGUCAGCAUCUCUUAUCUCAGCAGUGUUGAGUCUCCCUUCUGCCCUAUGUGCUGCCCAGCAUGUCCUCCUCCCCCCCGUUUUUCUGUUUGACAUCAUGUUUGUUGGUUUGAUCCGAGGGGCUCAUUCCCAUAUCCUCUUCCUCAGGCUUGACACCCACUUUGAUCGGUGCAGAAGCACUGUACAAGCACUUGCUUAUGGUAGAAAUCGCCUCCUUUUUGUUCAGAAGAUGUGAUUAGUGUUCUAGCAAUGCUGGGGUGGCUUUCAUCUCCCUGCGGAAUCUCAUUAGCUUUACAUUACAAUGGGAACAGCAUAUGUGCAACUUCACCAAAGUGGCCAGUCAAUUUAAAUUUGUUCAUAAGAGUAUUUUUAAGCAACUUUCUACGUCUUCGGUGCCAAGAGAAAACAACUUUGUUAUUCGGGGAAAAAAUACGGUUUGUUAGAAGUAGCAACGCAGCAGAAGGAGAGCGGCUGCUCAUAAAUAUCUUCAGAACUUUCUAUUCUUUGACAUGUCUGGUGCUAUCCUGUAAAAGCACCAUCUUAAAAGGAGAAGCUCGUGUAGCUGGCGGGAUUUGGGCUGCAGUCAUUUCCAAACGCCGCGUGAGUUGUUUGAGCGACGUGGCUGACUUGAGUUACACCGUGCUGCUGAUGCAUAGUUAAUCCUGUUGGGUUUUUAAUGCAUUGGAUGGAAGCAUAUAAAUAGCUUACAUGGGUCAGGGUCAUAAAAUCAUAUCAUAGAAUCGUCGAAUGGCCUGGGUUGAAAAGGAUCU